CCGAACCUCUUAUACGGAUUUACAUACAGCCAUUAGGGUUGAGUGCCUUGCACGUGUACAGAUUAAUCAGCUUGGGAAUUUGAACCAGGAACCUGUUGGUUACUGUGCCAACACUCCAACCACUAGACUACCUGAAAUACUGUUGGCUACUGUCCCAACACUCCAACCGCUAGGCUAACGGCUAGCCUACCUGAAAUCCUGCUGUCACGUAGUGUCAGGCUAGGAGCGUCACGGAAACCAGCUGUGAAGCAGUGAUCGUCUCAGGAACAGUCUGAGGAGUACAUUUUCCUAUCAGAAUGGAGAAGGAUACAUUCAGUCAAGCUGGGAGUCCUGCCACACCAACGAAGGGAAUGUUUGGGCUGAAGGGAAAGAAGAAGAAGAAAGUCAACACGACUGGUCUAGUCUUGUCAAAUAAAGGAGCUUUAGAGGGUUCUGAAGCUUCAGUUAUACCUGAGGUUGCUGGUGUGGACGAAGCCCAGAAUCCUGAGGAAACGAAGCCUGGGGCCUCUGGAACCGUUCCUGUCAGACAGAUACCCCAGACCAAGAGAUCAAUACUUAAGACAAAGAUUCUGGAAAGUGAGAGCAAACCACAGACCUUCCAGAUUGCUGUCAGCAUAACAGAGGCUAGGCAGCUAGUGGGCGAGAACAUUGAUCCCAGUGUGGUCAUUGAGAUGGGGGACGAGAAGAAGCAGACCACUGUGAAGGAGGGUACCAAUGCACCUUUUUUCAAUGAGUACUUCGUCUUUGAUUAUUAUGGCCAUCAACAGACCUUUUUUGACAAAGUCAUCAAACUAUCAGUUAUGCACACCAAGAUCAUGAAAGGCUUCUGUGUGGGUUCUUUUAAGCUGGAUGUGGGAACAGUCUAUAGGCAGCCUGGUCACCAGUUCACCAAUAAGUGGGCAGUGCUGACAGACCCUACAGACAUUAGAACAGGGGUUAAAGGUUACCUGAAGUGUGAUAUCAGCGUUACAGGGAAGGGAGAUGCCACACAACCUUCCCAGAAAACCAGUGAUGCUGAGGAACAGAUAAGCAAAAACCUGUUACUUCCUGAGGGGUUUCCAUCCGAACGUCCGUGGGCCAGAUUCUAUGUGAAGGUGUACAGAGCAGAGGGCUUGCCCCGCAACAACUCUUCAAUCAUGGCCAACGUCACCAAAGCCUUCAUAGGGGACAACACAGCCCUCAUCGACCCGUAUGUGGUGGUGACCUUCUUCAAGCAGAUGGGCCGGACAUCAACCCAGAAGAGCACCGCAGACCCAGUUUGGAAUGAGCAGAUUGUAUUCACAGAGAUGUUCCCUCCUCUGUGUCAGAGGCUGAAGAUCCAGGUCUGGGAUGAGGGUAGUAUGAGCGAUGUCGCCAUAGGAACGCACUACAUCGACCUGAGGAGAAUCUCAAAUGAACAGGAUGGCGACAAAGGUUUCCUGCCCACCUUUGGCCCAGCCUGGGUCAACAUCUAUGGCUCAGCCCGUAACUUCUCCCUGGUGGACGAUAACCCAGAACUCAAUGAGGGCGUGGGGGAGGGUGUUUCCUGGAGGGGCCGGGUGUACCUGGAGCUGGCAGUGGAGAUUCACUCUGGGGUGGGAGGAGGACAGGAGUCCAAGCUGGCCCAGCUGGUAAAACCUUUGAGAGACGUCAAGUCAGGAAAGACAGGAGGAGGUGCAGGGGGAGCAGGAGGAGUGGGAGAGGAGGACAAGAGCAAGGCUGUCGGGGCGGAGGUGAUGCAAGUGGACUCUCCACCUCAGCUCGAUGAUGAUGAUCAGGAGAGCUUCCUGCUUUUUGGAACAGUGUUCGAGGCCACAAUGAUCGACAGAAGGAUUGGUGAAAAACCUAUCAACUUUGAAUUUUCUGUUGGUAACUUUGGGAAUGUCCUGGAGAUCUAUUCCCAGACCAGCCGGAGGAGAAAGGGGGGGUUGGAAGGUCAUGAUGCGGACGGUACCCCUUUGCUGGACCCACAGGAACCCAAACUGGUCUUGUGCCAAUCAACUACACCCACAGAGAGACCUCUCAUCAUCGAUGGAAACAGGUACUACAUGUACCUCCCGAUCCAGCAGAGAAAGCCUUGUGUUCACUUGGUGAGUCGCUGGGAAAAUCGUACCUACCGUCUACACAGCUCCAACCUGCUGGAGAACAUCACCCUCACGUUUGAAGAAGGAGUGGCUAAGGCAGAGGAGCUAAACAAGCUGUCAGAUCCCACUACAGAGGCUCUGAUUCAUCAAGUCUUUCAAGAGUUUAUUGUCGGUGCAAGGAGCUUCAUAGUGUUUGCUGAAGAAAGAGUGAAGAGAAACCAGCUAACGACAUUGGAUAAGAAACGUCUGACAAUGUGCAAACAAGAACUGGAAAGCAUGGUUGUUGAGGCAGAAACCAUCUCAGUGGGGAAGAGGAAAGUUGGCAGUGUGAAGGAGAUGCUGCUGGAGGCCUUCGGACUCACACAGAAGCUUAGGUUCCUCGUGGAAGAGCCCCAACACACCAUCCCAGAUGUGUUUAUAUGGAUGCUCAGCAACAACAAGCGGGUGGCAUACGCUCGCAUCUCUGCCCGUGACCUGCUCUACUCCGCCAACCCAGAGGAGAGGGGCAGAGACUGCGGAAAGAUCCAGACUCUGUUCCUGAAGUCUCCAGGGAAACGGGUAAUGGGCUGGUCUGUUCAGGCCCAACUGGACGUGUUCCUGUGGCUGGGCAGGUGCACAGACUCCUCCCACGUUCUGGACAACCUGCCAGAGGGAUAUGAACCAUUAGGAGGCUCCACUGACGAGAAGCUCCAGUUUGUCGUCCCGCCCACACGCCUGUUAUACAGAGAGCAGCACCAGUUCCAGAUGCGAGCACACAUGUACCAGGCCAGAGGUCUGAUAGCAGCAGACUCCACCGGACUGUCGGAUCCCUUCGCCAGGGUCACCUUCCUGACCCACAGCCAAAACACAGCCAUCAUCAACCAGACACUGACCCCGACCUGGAACCAGAUGUUGUUGAUGAACCGGAUCACGUUCUACGGAGCCCUGACCGACCUGGCGAAGGAGCCGCCACGUGUAGUCAUUGAGGUGUACGACGAUGACGCGCUGGGCAAGGCGGAGUACCUGGGCAGCACGGUGGCUGUGCCCGACGUGAAGCUGUCCGAGCAGCCUUAUACCCCACCUCCGCUCCAGUACCAGCCCUUGUUCUGUGGCAGCCAGUCUGGAGGAGAUCUGCUGGGCGCCUUCGAACUCAUCGAGAUCCCAAAGUCAGGAGAAGCAUCUCUGCCGCCACUGGAGGAGCCAGAUGGUCAGAUUUACCACGUUCCAGUCAACAUCAGACCUGUACUGAGCACGUAUCGACUGGAGGUGUUGUUCUGGGGUUUGAGGGAACUGAAGAAGGUCCAGCUACUCACUGUAGACCGUCCCCAGGUAUUCAUUGAGUGUGCUGGGAAAGGCCUGCGUUCCUCUGUCAUCCAGAGCUACAAGAGCAACCCCAACUUCACCACGCUAGCAGAAGGCUUUGAUGUGGAGCUGCCUGAGAAUGAGAAUCUUCACCCCCCCCUGAACAUCAGCGUGGUGGACUGGCGGGCUUUUGGCCGCUCCACGCUGGUGGGCAACUGUGUCAUCAACAACUUGAAGCCCUUCAGAUACAUACCCCCUCCACUGCCUCCGACCAAAAGGGGUUCUCAGGGCAGAAAGGGUGUAGUUAUGCGUCAGUCUACAAUAGAUACUGUACUGGGAAUGUUAUCUGAGGAAGUCUCCAUCAGCAUUGAGGAAACUCCGCCCCCCAGCAUGACCCCGUUCACCAGCAUGAGCCAACCAGAACCGGAACCACAGAGGAAGAAGAAGACUCAAAUAGAACCAGAACCAGAACCAGAACCAGGCAGGAAGAAGAAGGAACAGCUGUCAAAGAGCUAUCAGAGGUCCACCAAGAGAAGGAGGCGCACCAUAGCAGAUGAGUCCGGGGACAACGUCCUUGACUGGUGGUCCAAGUACUAUGCUUCUGUCCUCAAGAUCCAGAGGGCCAAGAGGAGGGGUGGACAUCCUUUUCCCCAAGUCUUUGAUAGUGUCACAAAACAGCUGGAUGGAGACAAGAAGAAGAAACCCCAACUAAUAAGUUCCCAGGUCAUCGCGGCUCUGGAAGGCGUGUCCAAACUGGCAACACUGCAGCUCUAUGACAAGGAGCUGGAGUCUGUGUUUGGUCCCUUUCAUGACUGGGUCAACACCUUCGAGCUGUUCAGAGGUAAAGCUUACGAAGAAGAAGGUGGUUCCAAUGAGGAGAGGUUUGUUGGGAAGUUCAAGGGUCGGUUCUGUAUGUACAAGGUGACUGAAGAUGAGGAGAGGGACAAGAGGCCAGACUCCGGCCAGUUUAAAGUCACCAGGGGGAUCCCAGCCAACAUCCCCGUCAAGGUUCUCAUCAGGGUCUAUAUUGUUUCUGCUUCCAAUCUCCACCCGGCCGAUCCGGACGGGAAGGCUGACCCCUACAUCGUUCUGAGGGUGGGAAAGACUGAGAUCAAGGACAGGAAUAACUACAUCCCCAAACAACUCAACCCCGUUUUUGGCAGGUCCUUCGAGAUGCAGGCUAUGUUUCCUAAUGAGUCCCUUCUGACAGUUCUCAUAUAUGACUUUGACCUGGUCGGGACGGACGAUCUGAUUGGAGAGACACAGAUAGAUCUGGAGAACCGGUUCUACACCCGGCAUAGAGCCACCUGUGGCCUGCCUACAGAGUACAGCAUAGAUGGUUAUAAUGCCUGGAGAGACUCCAGCAAGCCUUCGGAGCUACUGAUGAAACUGUGCAAGGAGAACCGCCUGGAUGGACCCUACUUCAGACCCGGCAGAAUCACAGUCGCGGACAAAGUCUUCACUGGGAAAACAGUCUUUGAGGAUGAAGACGGACCUGUGGAGUCCUAUGAGCAUCUGGCCCUGAAGAUCCUCCACAGGUGGUCAGAGAUCCCAGGUGUCGGGUGUAAACUGGUCCCAGAACACAUCGAGACGCGAACCCUGUUCCACAAGGCCCGGCCUGGAAUGGACCAGGGCCAACUCCAGAUGUGGGUGGACAUGUUCCCUAUGGAUAUGCCUCACCCAGGCCCCGCCGUGGAUAUCGGGCCUCGUAAACCCAAGGGCUACGAGCUGAGGGUUAUCAUCUGGAACACAGAAGACGUCAUCCUGGAGGAUACUAACUUCAUCACGGGAGCGCAGUCUAGUGACAUCUAUGUUAAAGGGUGGCUGAAGGGAUUCGAAGACGAUCGCCAGGAGACGGAUGUCCACUACAACUCCCUGACUGGGGAGGGUAACUUCAACUGGCGCCUGGUGUUUCCCUUCAACUACAUGCCAGCUGAGAAGGUGGUGGUGGUCAGCAAAAGGGAGAGCAUCUUCUCCCUGGACAAGACGGAACAGAAGCUACCGGCCAUUUUGGUGCUGCAGGUCUGGGACUUUGAGAGGCUGUCGUCCGAUGACUUCUUAGGUACUGUGGAGUUGGACCUCCAUGGAUUCCCUCGCGGGGCCAAAUCGGCCAAGGCCUGCAGGAUGGAGAUGAUGAACAGCUUUGAGACCAUAUCCAUCUUCCAACAGAAACGCUCUCGGGGCUGGUGGCCCUUCUCUAAGGCUGGAGAACUGACGGGGAAGGUAGAGGCGGAGUUUCACCUGGUAACGGCAGAGGAGGCGGAAAAAAACCCGGUGGGCCGAGCCCGGAAGGAGCCAGAACCCCUGGAGAAACCAAACCGCCCAGAUACAUCCUUCUCCUGGUUCGUGAACCCCUUUAAGUGUUUCUUCCACCUCAUCUGGAGGAACUACAAAAAGUACAUCAUCAUUGCCCUGGUCCUGCUGAUCACAGCUCUGUUCCUGGCUUUACUGCUGUACACAUUGCCAGGAGCUAUCUCCCAGAAGAUAGUCAACGGCUAACUGGUUAACACACAA